AGAGAAGAUGGCGGAAGCGGAAUUUAAGGACCACAGUACAACUAUGGAUAGUGAACCAAACCCUGGAGCAUCUUCUGUGUCAACAACAGCCAGUAGCACCACUACCACCACCAUCACCACGUCCUCAUCACGAAUGCAGCAGCCACAGAUUUCUGUAUACAGUGGUUCGGACCGACAUGCUGUACAGGUCAUUCAGCAGGCAUUGCAUCGUCCCCCAAGUUCAGCUGCUCAGUACCUACAGCAGAUGUAUGCUGCUCAGCAGCAGCACUUGAUGCUACACACUGCAGCCCUUCAGCAGCAGCAUCUGAGUAGCUCCCAGCUCCAGAGCCUUGCUGCUGUGCAGGCAAGUUUGUCCAGUGGAAGACCACCUACAUCCCCUACAGGAAGUGUCACACAACAGUCAAGUAUGUCCCAGACAUCUAUCAACCUCUCCACUUCUCCUACUCCUGCACAGUUAAUAAGCCGUUCCCAGGCUUCCAGUUCUACCAGCGGCAGUAUUACCCAACAGACUAUGUUACUAGGGAGUACCUCUCCUACCCUAACUGCAAGCCAAGCUCAAAUGUAUCUCCGAGCUCAAAUGCUGAUUUUCACACCCGCUACCACUGUGGCUGCUGUACAGUCUGACAUUCCUGUUGUCUCGUCGUCGUCGUCGUCAUCGUCAUCUUCCUGUCAGUCUGCAGCUACUCAGGUUCAAAAUUUAACAUUACGUAGCCAGAAGUUGGGUGUACUGUCUAGCUCACAAAAUGGUCCACCGAAAAGCACUAGUCAAACCCAGUCAUUGACAAUUUGUCAUAACAAAACAACAGUGACCAGUUCUAAAAUCAGCCAACGAGAUCCUUCUCCAGAAAGUAACAAGAAAGGAGAAAGUCCAAGUCUGGAGUCAAGAAGCACAGCUGUCACCCGGACAUCAAGUAUUCACCAGUUAAUAGCACCAGCUUCUUAUUCUCCAAUUCAGCCUCAUUCUCUAAUAAAACAUCAACAGAUUCCUCUUCAUUCACCACCUCCCAAGGUUUCCCAUCAUCAGCUGAUAUUGCAACAGCAACAGCAGCAAAUUCAGCCAAUCACUCUUCAGAAUCCAACUCAAGAUCCGCCCCCAUCCCAGCACUGUAUACCACUCCAAAACCAUGGCCUUCCUCCAGCUUCCAGUAAUACUCAGUCACAACAUUGUUCACCAAUUCAGAGCCACCCCCCUCCUUUAACUGUAUCUCCCAAUCAGUCACAGUCAGCCCAGCAGUCUGUAGUGGUGUCUCCUCCACCACCUCAUUCACCAAGUCAGUCUCCAACUAUAAUUAUCCAUCCACAAGCACUUAUGCAGCCACACCCUCUUGUGUCAUCAGCUCUUCAGCCAGGACCAAAUUUGCAGCAGUCCACUGCUAAUCAAGUGCAGCCAACAGCACAGCUGAAUCUUCCAUCCCAUCUUCCACUUCCAGCUUCCCCUGUUGUACACAUUGGCCCAGUUCAGCAGUCUGCCCUGGUGUCCCCCGGUCAGCAGAUUGUGUCUCCAACAUCACACCAACAAUAUUCAGCCCUUCAGUCCUCUCCAAUUCCAAUUGCAACCCCACCACAGAUGUCAACAUCUCCUCCAGCUCAGAUUCCACCACUGCCCUUGCAGUCUAUGCAGUCUUUACAAGUGCAGCCUGAAAUUCUGUCCCAGGGCCAGGUUUUGGUGCAGAAUGCUUUGGUGUCAGAAGAGGAACUUCCGGCUGCAGAGGCUUUGGUCCAGUUGCCAUUUCAGACCCUUCCUCCUCCCCAGACUGUUGCAGUAAAUCUACAAGUACAGCCACCAGCACCUGUUGAUCCACCAGUGGUUUACCAGGUUGAAGACAUGUGUGAGGAAGAAAUGCCUGAAGGGUCGGAUGAAUGUGUCCGCAUGGACAGAACCCCCCCACCGCCCACUUUGUCUCCAGCGGCUAUCACUGUGGGAAGAGCUGAGGAUUUGACCUCUGAACAUCCUUUGUUGGAGCAAGUGGAAUUACCUACCGUGGCGUCUGUCAGUGCAUCAGUAAUUAAAUCUCCAUCGGACCCCUCCCAUGUUUCUGUACCUCCACCUCCACUCUUACUUCCAGCCGCUACCACCAGGGCUAAUAGUACAUCGAUGCCAAGCAGCCUCCCCGGCAUAGAAAACAAGCCUCCACAGGCUAUCGUGAAACCACAGAUCUUGACCCAUGUUAUUGAAGGCUUUGUCAUUCAGGAGGGGUUGGAGCCAUUCCCUGUGAGUCGUUCAUCUUUACUAAUAGAACAACCUGUGAAAAAAAGACCUCUUUUGGAUAAUCAGGUGGUGAAUUCUGUGUGUGUUCAGCCAGAGCUACAGAACAAUACAAAGCAUGCAGAUAAUUCCUCUGACACAGAGAUGGAAGACAUGAUGGCUGAAGAGACAUUAGAAGAAAUGGACAGUGAGCUGCUCAAGUGCGAAUUCUGUGGGAAAAUGGGAUAUGCUAAUGAAUUUUUGAGAUCAAAAAGAUUCUGUACUAUGUCAUGUGCCAAAAGGUACAAUGUUAGCUGUUCUAAAAAAUUUGCCCUUAGUCGUUGGAAUCGUAAGCCUGAUAAUCAGAGUCUUGGGCACCGUGGCCGCCGUCCAAGUGGCCCUGAAGGGGCAGCAAGAGAACAUAUCCUUAGGCAGCUUCCAAUUACUUAUCCAUCUGCAGAAGAAGACUUGGCUUCUCAUGAAGAUUCUGUGCCAUCUGCUAUGACAACUCGUCUGCGCAGGCAGAGUGAGCGGGAAAGAGAGCGUGAGCUUCGAGAUGUAAGAAUUAGGAAAAUGCCUGAGAACAGUGACUUGUUACCAGUUGCACAGACAGAGCCCUCUAUAUGGACAGUUGAUGAUGUCUGGGCCUUCAUCCAUUCUUUACCGGGCUGCCAGGAUAUUGCAGAUGAAUUCAGAGCACAAGAGAUCGAUGGACAGGCCCUUCUCUUGCUCAAAGAAGACCAUCUCAUGAGUGCAAUGAAUAUUAAGCUGGGCCCUGCCCUGAAGAUCUGUGCACGCAUCAACUCUCUGAAGGAAUCUUAACAGAAUAUGAAGCUUUCAUGUAACACCAAUUUGAUUUGUUUUUACACAGACUUGUAAGGUAAAGGCUUUCAUUGGCCUAGAAUAAUACACUUACAAUGGAAGGCUAAACACACUUCUACAGAUACAAUAAUCCAUCAUAAUUUUCAUAAUUACCCAACACUGGUGAAGUUAAUUUUACAAGGUACAUGCAACAUUGAAAGACUUGUUACAGAUGGCCAUAUUUUUCAAAGAAACGUUAUACUAGAUAAUUUUUUAAAUGUGAUGUUCAUCAUUAAUAUAUAGAAUCCUUUUAAAAAUAAUUUAAUUAUUUACAUUUCUUCUC